AUGGUCAGGCUGGACCAAGAUAGACCAAGAUGGACCAAGAUGGACCAAGACGGACCAAGAUGGACCAAGAUGGACCAAGAUAGACCAAGAUCGACCAAGAUGGACCAAGACGGACCAAGACGGACCAAGAUGGACCAAGACGGACCAAGACGGACCAAGAUGGACCAAGACGGACCAAGAUGGACCAAGAUGGACCAAGACGGACCAAGAUGGACCAAGAUGGACCAAGAUGGACCAAGAUGGACCAAGUGGGAAGGGAAGACGGACAUCAGGACCAUAACAGUGUGCGGGGAAAUCACAUUUGUCAACCAGAAUAUAAUUUUCUCUCCACAUCUUAGACCCCACUUGAGGGCGAGGUUAUGA